UUGCUCUCCCUUGCACACCAAUUGAAAAAUGAAAGGACGAGGUCAUCGCCUAUCUCUCUCUCUACAUGCAUGAGGACUUCUAGAAGUAGUAGGUUCAGAGCUUGUAGUAUGUGUGAGAAGCUCCCGCGCUUUCCAUGCAUUAAUUCCCUCUCUCUUUCCAUGCUUUUUCUCCUCUUCGACUCCUAAAGUCUUAAGUCCUAAAAAGACCUACGUAGAAGUUCUGGCAAACAGCUCACCAUUUUCUCAUCAUCGAUCUUUUUUUCCUUUCUGAACUGAAUCGAUAUAUAAGAGUGCCAAAUCAAUCGAGAACCACAUCUUUAUUGCUUGAGCUGUUCUUAUUUCAGGGGUACCAGAUAGCUGUUGAGAUUAGAAAUGGCUGCAUUCCAAGAGAAUUAUCCUCGUCCAGUCUUUUGUCAAAUAGGAAAAACCACUGUUCUCUUCUACUAGUACUGCUGCUCCUACGAGUACUACUUUGUUUAGGAGUACUGAAACUUGUGGAAAGAUGGAAGUUUCAGUCCACUCCCUGAAUGCUUCCCCACAUUUCCGAAGUACCGGCCAUGAAACCUGUUCUUCUUCCACCUUUAGUUCCCCAGGGUUUUGUCAGGAGAACACCCCAGCUAUAGAAAUCCAUGUCCACUCCGAGAACGACCCAAAUUACACCUGCUUCUCUUCUGCACAUAACUUUUGCUCUCCAACCCAAAGCCCACCACUAAUGGACAUCAAAUACCUCUUCAAGAACAGUCCACAGAAUCCUCAAAACACCCCUCGUCACCAGCUAUCUUCUUCUGCAUCUCCUCUAAUGGACAUCAAAUUCCUCUUCAAGAACAGCCCACAGAAUCCUCAAAACACCCCUCGUCACCAGCUAUCUUCUUCUGCAUCUCCUUCUCAAAUGGAUGCUACUGCUGCACUUCCAAGUGAUCAGCCAAUGGAGACUGGCUUAACUAAGCUACUGCCUAUCCCUUCAAUUGAGAUGGAAUUCAUCGAUCAAAAUGAGGAUGGACAGCUGGGAUGGAGGGAGGUAGAAAAGCAGUCUGACCAGUCAGAUUAUUUGCAAUGCAUCGACAUACAUGGAGUUGUAGAAGGGACUCCACCAAAAACUGCCAAAAAUGACCAAAACACAAGUCCUGAGCUCCACCAAGCCUCUGAUUCUGGUUUCAGACCUCCUAAGAUCAGAAUCGCCUUGGAAGCGAGUGGGAGAAAUUUCCAUGACAAGAUCACAGAGGAGGAGAUCAAGCAGGCUAUAUUGUAUACAGCAUCCUUGAAUAGACUCUCUUUAUUCCAAGACGAAGCCAGCGAGUGCGCGCGCCUGAUAAGGGAAGAGCUUGACGCUGGCCAAGGAGCCGUUGAGGUACAGAGCACAGGAGACAAUCUAUCCCAGACAUCCCCAAUGUCGGGGACGCCGGCGAGCUAUCUGAGUCAUCCAAAGCGACCACUGAUCGCUGUCCUUUUCCGGGCCCACUGGAGACAAGUAUGGGUGGUCUUGCUCUGGCUAGCUGCUUGCCUUUCACUCUUUGUGUGGAAAUUCAUCCAAUACCGCCAUCGAUCAGCCUUCGAGGUUAUGGGAUACUGCCUGUGUACUGCAAAGGGUUCUGCUGAGACAUUGAAGCUUAAUAUGGCACUUGUCCUCCUCCCAAUAUCUCGUAACACCAUGACGUGGCUUCGUAAGCAUCGCUGGAUCAAUUCGACCAUCCCCUUCAAUGACACUAUCAAUUUCCACAAGCUGAUCGCAGGUGGGGUUGUGAUUGGAGUGAUCCUCCAUGCUGGUACACACCUUGCAUGCGACUUCCCAAGGAUUGUCAAUGCUAAAAGAUCGGUGUUCCAGCGAACAAUCGGAAAAGGCUUCCAUUACCGGCAGCCAUCAUACUUGGAGAUAUUGGUGACUACUGAGGGUGCUACAGGGAUAGCAAUGGUGGUCCUGAUGAUUAUAGCAUUCCUUCUUGCCACAAGGCCAUCAAGAAGGCAGCAUGCAUCAUUGCCAUGGCCAAUAAGAUGGUUUGCAGGGUUCAAUGCCUUCUGGUACUCGCAUCACCUGCUUGUCCUGGUCUAUGUGUUGCUCAUCGUUCAUUCCUUGUUCCUCUUCCUAACUCAGGAUGUAGCCGAGAAAACGACUUGGAUGUACAUAGCGAUCCCGGUCCUGAUAUAUGCUGGGGAGAGAGUAUUCCGGAUAAUCCGGUCAGGAAUUUAUGGUGUCCAAAUUCUCAAGGCAGCAAUUUAUUCUGGUGAAGUUCUGUCGCUGAAACUGCAAAAGCCUGCAGGCUUCCAAUAUUGCAGCGGGAUGUACAUAUUUGUACAAUGCCCUCAGAUAUCUACAUUUGAAUGGCAUCCAUUCUCACUUACAUCUGCGCCGGAUGAUGACCAUUUAAGCUUGCAUAUUAGAUCACUUGGAGAUUGGAGUUAUCAAAUCUACAGCCUUUUUCAGGAGGCAUUAGUCUCUGGCAAGGCCAAUUUCCCAAAAAUAAGCAUUGAUGGCCCUUAUGGUGCAGCCUCUCAGGACCACUGUAAGUAUGACAACAUCUUGCUCAUUGGACUGGGCAUUGGGGCCACACCAUUCAUCAGCAUCCUCAAGGACAUUGCUAACGGCCAAAAAGGGCCACAACUAGAUACUGUAAAUGAUGUUCAGGCUCGCAAUGACAAGGGCCCAACAAAAGCUUAUUUCUAUUGGGUUACACGAGAGCAGGGCUCAUUUGAGUGGUUUAGGGACAUCAUGAAGGAGGUUUCAAUUUUAAAUAAGAAGAAGGGAGUGAUAGAAAUGCACAACUAUCUGACCAGUGUUUUUCGAGAAGGCGACAAGAGAUCAGCACUGAUCAGUGCAAUCCAAGCCCUUCAUUUCAUGAAGAGCGGUGUAGAUAUUAUCUCGAAGACUCCAGUUUGGACGCAAUUUGCUAGGCCAAACUGGUUCAAAGUCUUCUCUGGUUUGGCUACUAGACAUGGAGGGGAGAGGAUUGGGGUUUUCUAUUGUGGACCAGAACAUUUGGGAAGAGAUUUGGAGAGAUUGUGUCACAAGAUGACUGCCCAAACCUCCACUAGAUUUGUAUUUCACAAGGAACGUUACUAAAUGUACAACUAUGGGGAUUAGGCCCUACAAUUUUUUUCUCUGUUAUUGGUGGAUGUUGGACUGGUUCAAGGACUUCACUUACAGUCACAGAGGAACCUUUCCUAACCCAAUGUUACACUACAUAGAUCUUGCGAUAGCAGAAGCAAUUGUAAUAAUCAUAGUUUUAUUCCAGACUAAUAGUAAUAAUUAGUCAAAUUAUUGUUUAUCA